UGCUAUUUGUACACAUUGAAUUCAUCGAAUGGUUUGUGUAGAAGACUGAGCGCCUUGUCAAAUGGCGAAAUUAUACCUCGCAACGUUUGUAGUUGUGGUCUUUUCGGCUGUUGUGAUUAAUAAUCUGGUUAACCCAUGCAGAAAUGUGUAUGAAUCUUUUCGAGAUAUCUUAGGAAGGCAUCGACGACAAGGAAGGGUGUCGUCUAAUACAACUGUGUCGCUUCCAAGGCAGUUUGUUUUCACCAAGAUGGAAUGUCUUGAAAAAUGUUUGAGGAAUCCUCUUUGCGACAGCUUUGAGAUGAGACAAAAAUUUAAAGUUAACGACAAAAAGAACAUGUGGGCAUGUAAUAUAUACCAGAUUUCCAAAUCUACUGAAAAAAAGGAGGACACAAACGCUGGACUCAACAACUGGAUUCAUUUCGACAUCAGCUCUCAUAAACUUGAAAAGAUUUUAUUAUCUUCGACUUCCACGUGCUAAAUGAAGAAUAUCUGUAUGUCUCUAUCAAGCCCACUGGAUCAGCAACACUUGAUUUUUCAAGCAAAGAUGGAAGUGGAAAAGAGCAAAUGAUUUAUCAAGAUAGAAUCUAGAGACUUAGUUCCACUCUGACCAGCUUUAUUUCAGAACAGUGAUCUAAGAUUAUAACCUAUUGCUGAUAAAGUAGUCAGGAUUUUCAAAUGUGAAAUUUGAUGAGUAACAUCAAUUUUUAUUAAACGUCCAAAAAGCAUUAUAGGCAAGGCCUAUAACUUUUUCAAAGACACCACGUUCAAAUUUAAACUUCUCCAUUCUUUUAAUAAAACGUAGCUAGUGUAAACGUCUGGACCGCAAGUUGAAGGUUCUGUGAAAAGAAAACAAAAAAUGUUUCACUUUUUUUUAAAUCAAAAAUAAAAUACCAAGUAUAAAAGGUGAGAGUAAAGGAAGUAAUUGUGAGGUAGACCAGGAUUUAAGCACUUUAGUUAGAAAUGAGUAAGUAUUUAAUCAGUAAGUAAUUGCAACGUUAACUUUAUAUUUCCAUUUUGAAUUUUUUUCUUCUGGCAAAAAAAGAAUGGCGACAUCAGGCCUUAAAUUUGCAUUCUGUUUAAUUUUUCUUGUAUCGGAAAGUUCCUUUUGCUGUGAGGCGCCUCACAGUGCUCUAUCCAACCGCCAGAAUAUACUGAAACAUCGUCAGAAGGUGGGACGUGUUCAUCCAGGGACGAGAAUGACUUAUUAAAUCGUGCGUAAAAAAGGUGGAAUACCUUGACAUCUGUUUACGAACUUCUAAGUGUGCUUCUUAUGCUUUGAAACCAGCAAAGCAUAAGCGCGGCACGCGCGCACGGUCUGUUUGGAUCUGUUUAAUAAACAAAGAAGCAAUUUUUUUCAA